UAAUUCUCCUAAUAUAAAUCAAUAUACAUUCUAGCUAUCUUAAUAAUUCCUCUCUCUUUAAUUUUUCAAAAAAAUGGAUAAAAAACCAUGCAAAUCCCAAGAUGUUGAAGUGAGAAAAGGGCCAUGGACAAUGGAAGAAGAUUUGAUUCUCAUCAACUAUAUUGCCACUCAUGGUGAAGGUGUUUGGAAUAAUCUUGCUAAAGCUGCUGGGUUGAAACGUACCGGAAAAAGUUGCCGACUCCGUUGGCUGAAUUAUCUUCGUCCGGACGUUCGUCGAGGCAAUAUCACUCCCGAAGAACAACUCUUGAUCAUGGAACUGCAUGCUAAGUGGGGGAAUAGGUGGUCAAAAAUAGCAAAGCAUCUGCCUGGGAGGACAGAUAAUGAAAUAAAGAACUAUUGGAGGACUAGAAUCCAGAAACACAUCAACAAACAAGCAGAAACGUUUUCUUUUCAUAUCAGUACCCCAGAAUUACUUGAUAACCAAGCAAGCACAAGCCAAUUGCCUUGCAAUGGCUCUACAAGUUUCAUGGAAACAUACUCUCCAAUGUCAUCAUUUAACCACUGCAACUUGGAGCCAUUUCCCGGACAACAACAAGAAGUGCAACAACAGCAGCAGCAGCAGCCACAACAACAACAAAUAGUCGAUCAACCGAAUAAUGAAAGCUAUUGGAGCAUGGAGGAUUUCUGGUCCAUGCAGUUGCUUAAUGGAGACUAAACAUGGACAUUAAUUAAAAUUACAUUUCUAUUGCAUAAUGAUAGAGCUGUCUAUAGAUGAGGUUGAAAAUUGGACUUUAUAUUCCAAUAUGUUAAUUUGGUUUAAGAAUGGCUUGUAGUAGGAUCUCAAUAUAGUACUAAAUAUAUAUCCACCUAUACAUACAUAUACAUAUGUAUAUGUAUGAGAGUUUUCAGUUAA